UAAAAAAUGCCGCAAACCAGUACAAAAACCUCCGAAGAUGAAGAAGAAGAACUCCUAAUAUACCUCGAUUUCAAGCAAUUUUUGCCCUUCGAGGAGCUCAUCGACCCCGACACGCAAAUAAAAAUCAUCGGACUCGAAGGCGACUCCCCAAUUGCCCAAAUAAACGGUCGAUUUUACCAAGGCAAUUACGAAUUUGCGACCGGAACAAAACUUUUCUUCACCGAAUCGCAAGAAGCACAAGUUCCUGAAGCAGAUUCCGACGCGAAAAUCAUUCCGUUCGAAUAUGUGACAAAAACAAACAAAGUUCUCCGGAUGAGUCGAGUAUUCAUCGCGUCGAAGGACAAUCCGCAGAGAGUGAAGCCAGAGCCGGAGAGCGACAACACGAGCAAAUAUGAGAUAACAACGACGUACGAAGAGGUGCUAAGUAGGUUUUUGCCGCCAGAUAUGGAGCCACCGCGGAUGAUUACGGAAGAGGAGAACGGGAGAGAUUUAAUGAUGAGGAAAAUGCAACGAGAUGUGACCGAUGAUGAUUCGAUGGGGGAGGAAAAUGACUGAAAAUUGAUGAAUUU